AAACCCACCCUCAGAAAAACCACAAAUCUUUCUUCACAGUCAAAGUUGAAAUCCAAUUUUUGCUGGCAAUUUACACAUUCUCCUCCACACUGAACUCAACCCUCCUCCUCUCCCAAAAUGGCAAUGGUGGCCACCACCACCGCACCACCACCACCACCACCACCGUCUCUACUAAACCAAGACUCCCUAUCUCACGUAGACCUCUCAACACUCUCCCAAUCCGAACUCCACUCCCUCUCCCUCUGCUCCACUUCUCCCUCCCCCUCCACUUUCCCCUCCCCCCUCCUCCCUCCCAAAAUCGACCGUUCCCAAUUCAACGAGUCCGCCGGCUCCCGUCGCCAAACCUACUCCCGUCCCUCCAUCUCCGCCGGCCACCGCCGCCGCGUCGCCGGCCUCCUCCCCACCCCUAAACUCCCUCCCAUCCCCGCCGACGACCCCGAGCGUGUCGAGAAUCGCUACAUCAUCAACCACCUCAAGCAGUUCCUCAACCAAGACCCUCGAUUCGAUCGCUUCGACCUAACCCUAACCCUUCCUUCCAUCUCCUCAAUCUCCAUCGCAGGAGACAACAACAACAACAACAACAACAAUAACGAAAAGGUGAGUUUCGGGAACGGGAAGAGGAAGAGAGGGAGGAAACCUAAGCUGAAGGCUUUGCAUUUGGAAGAGGACUAUCGGAAGUUGGAGAUUGUGAAUAAGAACGGCGUCGUUGUGGACCUCGAGAAGUUGGCGAAUGCGGAAGAUCCGUUUGGGGAAGAGUUACGGAGGAGGACUGUGGGGAUGGAGAGUGAAGAGGCGUUGCUUGGUUUUAUGAGGGAAUUGGGUGGGCAGUGGGGGAGUAGGAGGAAGAAGAGGAAGAUUGUGGACGCGGCAGCGUUCGGAGACGCGUUGCCGGUUGGAUGGAAGCUCUUGUUGGGGAUCAGAAGGCGUGAUGGCCGCGCCUCCAUUUACUGCCGCAGAUAUAUAAGCCCUACUGGACAACAUUUUGUGUCCUGCAAGGAAGCUGCUUCAUACUUGCAGUCCUUUUUUGGUCUUAGAGAUGCACAAUGGCCCAGUAGUCAGAUGGUUGAAAAUAUUCAGCAGGACUAUAGACUAACUUCUGAAACUCAGCUUGUGGCUGUUACCCAAAAGGAUGAAGACCGAAGGCAAGAAGUCAUUUCUAGUUCAACUGCAGCAAGAGUUCCGAUAUCUAGCGAACAGCCGAAGGAAGCAACAUUAUUGGGAAUGGACAAUCUUGCAGAUGUCCAAAUACGUGAUCUAUUUGAAUGUCACAAGUGUAGCAUGACCUUUGAUGAGAAGGAUACGUAUCUGCAGCACCUAUUGUCCUAUCAUCAGAGGACUACGAGGAGGUACAGACUUGGUUCUUCUGUUGGGGAUGGAGUGAUAAUUAAAGAUGGCAAGUAUGAAUGCCAGUUCUGCCAUAAGGUAUUUCUGGAAAGGCGUCGUUACAAUGGUCAUGUGGGGAUUCAUGUGAGGAAUUAUGUGAGGAGGGUAGAAGAAGUGCCUGGUACAACUCCUCUUCCAAUGAGAAUCGAGUCUCCAACCAGGGAUGAUGUUCCUUCAAGGAUCUCAAAAAUGGAUGCUUUGAUAGAAAUUGCUCAGAAUUCUAUUCUAGAGACUUCUACUGUUAGACCUAAUAAUGAACCCAAUGGUGGUUCCACUCCUAAUCAAUUGAAUGUUGUUUCUACUCAAGAAAUUCCUGCUUCCAAUUUUAAUAAUGACACAAAUCUUGGUUCUCCUCUUAGUGGACCAGAAAUGGAUGAUGACUCGAGUGACAGAACUCUGGAUCAAGAUUUAAAUCAGCUAGAUGGUGAGCAUAUUAGCACUGCUGAAAAUAUGGAGAAGACUACUGAUGAAAUAGUGGAUUCUAAGAUGGAUUGUUGUUUGGGUGCCACGACUGUCUUACCUGAUAAAGAUCAAAAUGCUAAUACAAAUGAAGCUUUUUGUAAAAAAGACAGUUUGGCAUUUGUCAAUAAUGAAAAUGACAUUUCUGGGGUUGAGCAGGAGGGAGUUCCUGAAGGCCAUUUAGUUGCUCAGUUUGAAAAUCAGAUUAUUUGUGAGAAUAGGGAUAAUAUUAAUUUGAGUUGCACUAGCACUUUAGACCAUCCCAAGCCUUGUGAAGUCAAUAAUAAUAUCGAGCUAAAAGUUGGUGUUGGCGGCAUCAAUGAAGGGCCAUCCAAGAAUGUUGUGAUGGAAAUUGUACAGCAAACUUCUGAAGAAAAUAUACUCCAGCAUGGGGUUUCUGACUCCCCAAUGUCCCCAGAACAACUUUUGCAAAAAUUUUCAACAUUCAAUGCAACCUCGGAUAAGGGAGAUCAGUUACACAGUGUUGACCAACGGCAUGACAAUUUAACUGGGUUUGAGGAGCUGAGGUUGGAUGAAAUAGAACCUCUUAAGUAUAGCACUGCAACUGGGCAAGAAUCUCUUUCCUUGCAGGAGGUACCCAUGGAUUUGACGUAUAGCGUAGAUAUGGAAAGGGAAUAUGCUUCCUCUGUCCAGUUUGAGUCAGAAGAAGUCAUGUUAAAUAUGGGUGGGAGACAUCAGCUUACAACUGUUUGUGUAUGGUGUGGAGUAGAGUUCAACCAUGAGGCUGUUGAUGCUGAAUUACAAUCAGAUUCUGUUGGUUUUAUGUGUCCAACCUGCAAAGCAAAAAUCUCUGGACAGUACAUUAGUGGUUCACCAAUGACUUCCCAUCGUCUUUGAUAAAGUGCAUCCUUUUCAAUUUGCCACGUGACAAGCUUUCCUUGAUGUGGGGUAAUUACUAUUUCUCAAUUAAAAAAAAAACUAUACCAAUUAGUAAUUAAGAAUGUUUCUGUUAUAUAAAUUUUAGUUGUCACAUGACUUAUCAAAAAAUAAAUUAAUUAAUAAAUAACAUUUUUGUUGUCAUACUUAUAAGGUAUUUUUUCUAGGUGUUAUAAGAUUAUUAAUUUCUUUUUUUAGUAAUUUCUAAUUUACCCUCUUGGUUCAGCUUAAAUUUGGUUUACUAAUCUAUGGUGGUAAAAGUGACACUUUAUCCUCUGUGAUUCACUCAGUUAUCUUUACCUAUUAAGUCUCCAAUGUGUAGAUCAAGAGGUGACAAAGUGUUUCUGUACAGUAUGGUAGGAUUUUAGUGCUAAGCUUACGCACAUGAAGUUGCUAACAGUUUCAGAGGUCAGAUUUAAGGAAUUAAGUGAGUUUUAAAAAGUGCUGGUUGGUAGUGAGUGAGAUACAUGCAAAUAAUGCGAUAGAAAAACAGACAAGGAGAGAAAAGUCAAAAUAUCUUAAAAUAUCAUAAGGCGUCCACUGCCGAGGAGAUAAUCCAUUGUGUCAUGAUUAAUUGCACCAAGCUUUUAGCCCGGGGCAACUGAUAUAGUCAGUAAAAAAUGCUUUGGUGAGAGGUUCUUCUGGGUUGGGUUUAACAAAGGCAUGAAGUGGACUUGUGAGUUUUCAGGCUUUAUUACAUUGAUGUAUGGUAUGGUUGUUGGAUACAAUUGUUUUGGCAUGAUAGUUGUUACAGUGAGGUUGCUUUGAAAAUAUUUGUUCAACUUGUUUCCCAUCAUUGACAAUAAGGAAAUGACUAAACAACCAUAUCCUCCAAUUUAGGUAUCAGUUGAGGAUUUAAGUUUGAUCCCCAUUUUGUACGAGCAAUUUGAGGUUGGUCAGUGGUGUUUUGAUUGUUCUUCAAUCAGGUAACUAGCGAAGGAGAGGACAAAAUACAUUGAAGGUUAAUGAGAAAUGUCAGUUUGUAUUUGUUUUUAUUUUAAGGCAGUUAGAGGGUUGGACUGUGGAGGGACCUUAAAAAGGUCCAUUCUCUUUUGGGAACUGUGUUUAUAAAUCUUUGACAAGUGAAUAUUUAUUAAGGAAAGAAAUUAUUGUACUUUUAGAGAGAGAGAGAGAGAGAGAGA